AUGAUUCCUGUCCCAAGUACCCUGAACAGCUCCCACCUCAAGAUCUCUGAGUUCAUCCUAAUGGGGUUCCCAGGCAUCCACAGAUGGCAGCAUUGGCUCUCUCUCCCCCUGGUACUGCUCUACCUCUUAGCCCUCAGUGCCAAUCUCCUCAUCCUGAUGACUAUAUGGCAGGAUCUGACUUUGCACAAACCCAUGUACAAGUUCCUGGGCAUUCUUUCUAUAGUGGAUGUAGGCCUGGCCACCACCAUCAUGCCCAAGAUUCUGGCCAUCUUCUGGUUCAAUGCCAAGACCAUCAGCCUCCCUGAGUGUUUUACGCAAAUAUAUGCUAUUCACUGGUUUGUGGGCAUGGAGUCAGGCAUUUUCCUCUGCAUGGCUUUUGACAGGUAUAUGGCCAUUUGCCAUCCUCUUUACUAUCCUUCUCUUGUCACAGAUACCUUCAUCUUCAAAGCUGCAUUGUCUAUGAUGAUCAGAAAUAGCCUGUUGGUCUUGCCAGUGCCUGUGCUAGCUGCCAUGAGACAUUAUUGCUCUAGAAACGAGAUUGAACAUUGCUUGUGCUCUAACUUAGGGGUCAUCAGCCUGGCCUGUGAUGACAUCACAGUUAACAGAUUUUACCAGCUGGCCCUGGCUUGGCUUAUGAUUGGAAGUGAUAUGGCCCUGGUCUUUUCCUCCUAUGUCCUGAUCCUACGCUCAAUCCUGAAGCUGAAUUCCACUGAAGCCAUUUCAAAGGCCCUCAGUACAUGUAGCUCACACCUCAUCCUUAUCCUCUUCUUCUACACAGCUAUCAUUGUGGUGUCUGUCACACACUUGGCAGGGCGAAAGUUUCCCCUAAUCCCUGUGCUCCUCAAUGUACUGCAUAAUGUCAUCCCCCCAGCCCUCAACCCUAUGGUAUAUGCUUUCAGAACUCAGGAGCUCAGGCUGGGCUUCCAGAAGGUACUUGGGCAGGGUGGAGAAAUGUCCAGAAAGUAA